AUGUUGGCACUGCAGUGCCCAACUGGCACCCUGGCGCAACAGAAGGAAGAAGCAGCGGAAGGCAGUGACGUCAGUCAGAGCAAGCAUCAGGCAAGCUGGGUGCGCGUCCAGGAGUUGCGUGCCGCGGCCGAGCGGAGCGGCCCGCAGGGGCAGGUGUUCCCGCGGGCGCGGCAGCCCUGCGACUGUCCCGUGCAGCGAGGGCGCAGGGCGCAGGGCGCGCAUGCACGGCCGGCAGGUGCGCCAUUGGCGGAGCCCGCCGCCCCUCCUCGAGGGAGGGCCGCUUCCUACACUUUCACUGUCCGCCCCGCCUACGCACUGCGCGCCUCGUUCCGCGGGACCGUGUUCGAUCCCCGGGUUCGGGAACCUCGCUGCGAGGGGGCGGCAGCGGCCGGGAGCCGGAGCGCAGGUGCGCAGAGCGGCGGCCGAACGUCGGCAAACGGCGGACCGCUCGCCAGCGGACGCGACAGCCCGUGUAGCGCCGGCGUAUGGGCAGCGCAGCGCGGCAGUGGUCUGCGGGCUGCGGCCGCGGCAGGGGCGGUGGCGGCGACAGGUGUCCGCGAUGGCUCCGGCUGGCCGGACCAAAUUAAUUCAGACGGCUCGACGCCACCGCCGCCGUCGGCGCCACCGCCGUCGCCUCCAGCGAAUUAG